CAUCCCGCAGCCAAUAAGGACCUGAUGAGCUCAAGUAUCACUAUAACACAAGGACUUAUUCUCUGAGCCGAGGCUACAGAUUCUUACAGACCUUCAUCCUCAUCGUCCGAGGAGCUUCUCUCCCUCUCUGAGGUGUGAAGUUUGCUGUCGCCAUGUCUGACACUGAAGAACUGGAUCAGGUCGAGGCCCAGGAGGAGGUAGUAGAAGUAGAAGUAGCCCCUGAGAAGGAGGCCCAGGUAGAGGCAGAGCCAGAACCAGAGCCAGAGCCAGAGGUAGAGCCUGAACCAGAACCAGAACCAGAGCCAGAACCAGAGCCAGAGGUGGUGCAGAAGGUGGUUCAUGAGGAGGAAGACGGCUAUGAAGAGGAAGGGGACGAUGGAGAUCAAGAUGAGGAAAAGCCAAAGUUCAAACCUUCUGCUCCCAAGAUCCCCGAUGGCGAGAAAGUGGACUUUGAUGACAUUCAGAAGAAACGUCAAAACAAAGACCUGAUUGAGCUGCAGUCGCUCAUCGACGCUCACUUUGAGUGCAGGAAGAAAGAGGAGGAGGAGCUCAUUUUUCUCAAAGAGAGAAUCGAGAAGCGCCGCGCUGAGCGAGCCGAGCAGCAGAGGAUUCGUGCCGAGAAAGAAAAAGAGCGGCAGGCCAAGCGGGAGGCUGAGCGUAUGAGAAAGGAGGAAGCCGACGCCCACAGGAAGGCCGAGGAUGAAGCCAAGAAGAAGAGCGCACUGAGCAACAUGGGAUCAGGCUACAGCAGCAGCCUGCAGAAGAUUGAGGCAAAGAGAGGCAAGAAGCAGACUGAAAGAGAAAAGAAGAAGAAGAUCAUGGCAGAGAGGAUCAAACCUCUGAACGUCGAUGGAUUCGCAGAGGACAAGCUGAGGGAAAAGGCAAAGGAGCUGUGGGAGUGGCUCCACAACCUGGAGGCAAUGAAAUACGAUUACUGCGAGAAGCUCAAGAGACAGAGAUAUGAGGUGGUCUCUCUCAGAAACCGCAUCGAUGAGCUGCAGAAACACAGCAAGAAGGGAGCCCACUCGCGCCGCAGGAAGUGAGCGGCUGCUGAGUGACGGUUAUCUCUAUGCGGUCACGCCGGACAGGAGGCGCCUCCCCUCGGAUCCAACAGCGGCACAGACACCGUAGACACCCGGAGCUCCCGAGCUCCCAAAAAACUGGACGUCUGCUUGAAUGAAAUGGUUUUAUGGAUGAAUUUCGCUUCAAUAAAGAAAUUUUAAAAAAUGUUA